AUGCUUCGGGUAAAGGCGGUGGCGAUGAGGCACCGGAGGUCAACGCCGGAGCGGGUGGAGGCACCACCGCGAGUUCCUGUCGGUCCACCUGUACGAUGUGCUCUGCUGGCCCGAAAACCCGUGGCCCAUUGGGAGCUGUCUCCAUACAAGUCCUCCUCGUCAGAAUCGUCGGAACCCCGAAGCUGUUCUGCGAGGCGGCGCGCGCGUUGGACGGUGCGAGACGGAGCAAAAACCGGGGAAAAUGUUGGCCCCCACAAAGGGCCGCUUCGCCCGGAGUCUUUGGGGCACACGCCUGUCCGUGCCCGUUCCACAGCCAACUGCUGCUCCUUUUCCCUUCCAGAAGGGAGAGAGAUGGUGAGGGAGACGGAGUCUGCAAGGGUGGUCACGGGACAAGACAAAGAUCUGCAUGAGGAAGCGAAAUCUGAGGAUCAAUCUAAGCCAUAUAAAUGCCUGGAGUGUGGAAAGUGCUUCUCUCAAAAUGUCACUCUAACUGAACAUCAAAAGGUUCACACAGAGGAGAAGCCAUAUAAAUGCCUGGAGUGUGGAAAGUGUUUCUCUUGGAAAGGCAACCUAACUCAACAUCAAAGGGUUCACACAGGGGAGAAGCCAUAUAAAUGCCUGGAGUGUGGAAAGUGCUUCUUUCUGAAUGCCCAUCUAACUGAACAUCAAAAGGUUCACACAGGGGAAAAGCCAUAUAAAUGCCUGGAGUGUGGAAACUGCUUCUCUUCGAAAGGCGUCCUAACUAAACAUCAAAGGGUUCACACAGGGGAGAAGCCAUAUAAAUGUCUAGAGUGUGGAAAGUGCUUCUCUCGGAGUGACAAAUUAACUGCACAUAAAAGGGUUCACACAGGGGAGAAGCCAUAUAAAUGCCUCGAGUGUGGAAAGUGCUUCUCUAGGAAUGAGCACCUAACUCAACAUCAAAGGGUUCACACAGGGGAGAAGCCAUAUAAAUGCUUAGAGUGUGGAAAGUGCUUCUCUUCGAAAGGCGAAUUAACUAAACAUCAAAGGCUUCACACAGGGGAGAAGCCAUAUAAAUGCCUGGAGUGUGGAAAGUGCUUCUCUAGGAAUGAGCACCUAACUCAACAUCAAAGGGUUCACACAGGGGAGAAGCCAUAUAAAUGCUUAGAGUGUGGAAAGUGCUUCUCUUCGAAAGGCGAAUUAACUAAACAUCAAAGGCUUCACACAGGGGAGAAGCCAUAUAAAUGCCUGGAGUGUGGAAAGUGCUUCUCUUCGAAAGGCAAACUAAUUGAACAUCAAAAGGUUCACACAGGGGAGAAGCCAUAUAAAUGCCUGGAGUGUGGAAAGUGCUUCUCUUGGAAAGGCAGCCUAACUGGACAUCAAAGGGUUCACACGGGAGAGAAACCAUAUAAAUGCCUGGAGUGUGGAAAGUGCUUCUCUCGAAGUGGCUCCCUAACUAGGCAUCAAAGGGUUCACACAGGGGAGAAGCCAUAUAAAUGUCUGGAGUGUGGAAAGUGCUUCUCUUACAAUGACACUCUAACUAGACAUCAAAGGGUUCACACAGGGGAGAAGCCAUAUAAAUGCCUGGAAUGUGGAAAGGGCUUCUUUUGGGAUGGCCAACUAACUUUACAUCAAAGACUUCAUAGAGGGGAGAAGCCAUAUAUAUGCCUGGAGUGUGGAAAGUGCUUCUCUAGGAAUGAGCACCUAACUACACAUCAAAGUGUUCACACAGGGGAGAAGCCAUAUAAAUGCCUGGAGUGUGGAAAGUGCUUCUCUACAAAUGACCACCUAACUAAACAUCAAAGGGUUCACACAGGGGAGAAGCCAUAUAAAUGCCUGGAGUGUGGAAAGUGCUUCUCUCAAAAUAACCAGCUAACUGUACAUCAAAGGGUUCACACAAGAGAGAAGCCAUAUAAAUGCCUGGAGUGUGGAAAGUGCUUUUCUCAAAAUAUCCAGCUAACUGUACAUCAAAGUGUUCACACAGGGGAGAAGCCAUAUAAAUGCCUGGAGUGUGGAAAGUUCUUCUCUCAAAAUACCCAGCUAACUGUACAUCAAAGGAUUCACACAGGGGAGAAGCCAUAUAAAUGUCUGGAGUGUGGAAAGUGCUUCUCUCAAAGUACCCAGCUAACUCAACAUCAAAGGGUUCAC